CCGUGUCAACAAAAGCAUUUGUCGAACGUAUAUUUAAUGCUUGUUUAUUAUUUCAAGCUUAAUAAACAAGCGAUUUAUUGAAUGUGAAAUGUUUUUAUGUUCAACCAAUGAAGCAAAGAAUGACAACAAAAAGAAAACAAACAGGCAAAACAUUUUUUCUGAGUUUUUGUUCGUUAUGUUUUUAUUCAAUUUUUCACCCGUUCUCCCCAAAUAGCUCCCGCCGCGAUGGGAGAACCUUUAGUCUUUUAUACCUAAUCAGCUUGACAACGAUAGGAGUGGUUUUAAAUCUUUCAAGAUGGAUCCAAAGCGAGAGUCAGUCAAGGAUGAAUAUGGUUACAAAUGAUCAAAUAAGUGGAUUUUUGAUGACCUGUAUUGUUCCAUCAUUGAUAUGGAUGAUGUAUUACACAGUCAAAACACCAACAAAGGCAACAGUUGAGUUCCUAGAUUCAUCAGUUUGCCAUCAAGAAUUUUUUAUCUGUGGCGUUUACAUAUUUGGUGGAGGCAGCAUUCUUCUCUGCGUACUACAAAUUAGUUUCUUCUGCCAGACAAGAACUGAAAUCAUCAGCUUGAUUUUAGCGAUACUUUGCGUUUUGUUUAUAAUUGUGCAGAUGAUUUUUCUGCGUAAAUAUUCAAAAGCAAGUUUUCAAGACGAUUCAUUCAUUCGAACGGCACUAUUUCAUCUUUUGUCAACAAAUGUAAUGUUUUUAUGCCACAGAUUACCAUUCCAUGAUAUUCCAAAAAAUCGAGUUGCAUCUUUGUCAAGUAUUGCUAACAUGCUAAACCAUUGCUAUCCAUAUUUGUACCCAUUUCUUGUGCAGUUUCCAUUAUCUUCAUUGGGCGCUAUAUUUAGACUGUUAUGUGAUCUCAAAGAACUGGAUCCAAAACCAGAUGAUAUCUACAUAGACGACGAACUUACAGAUAUCAACACAGUCAACUCGCCUAUCUUGGAGAAAGGCGAAAACAUUUUCCAACUAGAGCAAUAUGUAAAAAAAUCUGCUAGUCCGUUGAACGUACUCGAAUCACCCAGAACAAUACACGGUGGCGUUUUAAUACAACAGAGCAGGUUUGACACCAUGAAAAGAUGUCUAGGUUUGGGAUUUUUACUUUGCCUGAUAUUGUCUUCGUUUUUUCUUGCUGUGAUCAUCAUAACGUCCGUACAAAUAUCACCGUUUACUGUGAGCAUAUUUUAUAUUGCCAAAAUCGUAUAUUUACUGUCUGCAUGUAUUUCUUGUUGGUUGAUCCUCAAAGGUUUAUUGAGUCAAAAAAAUGUAUGGUUUGACUUCAGUGCUCCAGAUUUUAUGUUGUUCUUUUCCGUUACAGCUGUACUGUUCUAUGAAGGAUUUACAUUAAUGGCAUCUAUAGCUCAAAUACACAUAUCAAUAUUGCCAAAGUAUGUGUUUACUCUGUCAUUCGUAGACAUAAUACAAUGUCUUCUUCAGACAUCUACGGUUGCUAGAGCUUUGCGUUUUCGUAAUGGCUAUCAAGGUGGAUUGGUACGCGAGGCCUCGCUCUUUUUGAUGUUUUGUAACAUCAUUCUUUGGUUACAGCGAUCAUUUUUAUUUCUGCAAACGCCAUUCCUUUCAUUGGUGCAAGAUAAGUUUUACAGCAAAGCAUCUUGGAAUAUAAUUUCGUUUUUGACAUAUCCAUGUAAUCUGUUUUUUCGCUUUCAUUCUGCUGUGUGCUUGUAUAAUGUAUGGUCUCUAUUUAAUAAUAAAUAAGUAAUAACAAAAGAAUCCUUAAUUAUGAAUUCUUUUUUCGUGUAAUCUGUGUCGAUAAAAUAGGCUUGAUCAGUAGCAAACAAUAAAAACAAAAUGCCAA